AUGUUUCCGAAUCACGAUGACAAUCUUUUCAUCACCUAUAGGCCCUUUGGACAAUACAACUCGAAUGUGGAGUCAGCACUGUGGGACAAUGCACAGAACGCCCACGUCAUGAUCUCCCAUGACUAUAAGCAACAAGAGAGCGAGCGCAUCAUGGAAGAGUUUCACUCCAGCUUCGAUCAGCUCUUCCGUGAAGUGAUGAACUUCUCUGAUAUGCUCAUUCGACGCGAAUUGGUGUCUGGUUUACAGUGCAGCCCAUCCACGAAGGACAACAGCAACGUGCAGCCUCUCACCCACUCUGAGCACGGUAAGUUCCAAAAAAAAGGUUCUUCUAUUUACGGCAAUUAA